AUGCCGAAAGACAGCUCCGGCGCAGGAGUAAGAGUGAGUUGGAGCCCAGAGCUUACUCUCAAACUGCUCAAAUUCAUCAAAGGAGAGAAAUACUAUCGGCAAGUCUUCUUCCCUCGCUCUUCAACUCUACCUAAAGAUCGACACCUGUACGCCCGAGCAGCAGUGAUGGAGUUUUUCGAGAAGGUUGAAUGGAUGAGAGAUGCUGAGCGAAGGGGACUAGCUAAUUGGGACGUAUCAGAGAAGGAAUGGAGACCUACAACGGCAUGGGGAAGUCAUAUAUCAAAUCCUAUCAAUUGCAGAGUCAAUCUAUUGAAACAGAGGAUGUCAGAUCGGUAUUACAAGCGACAGUAUCAGAUUGCAGAUAGCUCUACUUCUUUCGAUGAUAUACCUAGUGCAAGUAAACGAGCUACCUUCCGCAAACUGCACCCGUACUACUUCGUCCUCAAAGAGCUCUGCGAAAGGGGCGAGAAGAAGUGUCGUGCUGAAGCUCUCGAACUUCGAGAUAUGCCGAAAGCCGAUUCCGGAAAGGGUCAACGACGAAAGCGAUCACCCUCCAUACUUUCGGAUUCAUCAUGCUCCUCAUCAUCGAGUGUCGGAUCGGACUCAAACGACACCUCAACCUGCUUCUCAAACGAAGAUUCUGGUAGCUCUAUCCAGCCUACGCAUACCAUGAAGAGAUUCAAGACCGAACGAUGCUCCUCUGUUCCUGCGGCUGCUGUUGAAUCAGGAUUCGGGUUAAUCGAUGAAUCCAGUCCCAAGCCGUUGAAGGGAAUACUGGACAAUAAUACCUCACCAAUACCUGCUGAUACACUCCGUUCAAAGUCUGAAAACCAACGUACGAGUAGCCUUUGCGAUACAGAAGACUCCGAAUCACAAUCUUCUGCAUCCUCUUCGGUGAUCUUCCUCUCUUCGCGGCCUAAGGCGCUAUGGUCACCUGAAAUCCAUGAAACUACGCCUUCAAAGCAGGAGAAGAAACCGAGCAAGCGUGUCGUGCCUGGGUCAAUAACAGAAGGUCCAAAGAUUGGUCCAUCAGCCGGACAGAAGGUAGAGCUUGUGAGCGCCAGAUCGGCGCAUGAAGACAACCAAGCUUCACCCGAGGAUGCCAAGUUGAUAACGGCUUGGAAGGAGAUUAGAGGUCGUUGGAUUGUCGAUCCAAAAUAUUUGACAUCCAGAGUUACUAUCGAGCUGUAUAUAGGCUCGAAUAACCCCUCAACCUCAAUCGGCUACCUUGGCGAUAUAGUGGACUGGCUAGGAAGACACCCAGGAUAUGAAGCAUACUUACACUCACGUGCCCGCUUGGAAUUGGGGGUGGAAACCUUAGAUAGGCGUCUCAGAAACAACCCUUCGUCCAAUCAUUUGCUAAGGGAAUACAAAAUCUAUAUACCUCAACCCUAUCUUGAUGAGCCAAUCGUUGUAAAAUUGGUAGGAUGUCUGAGGUCGGCUGGAGCGAAAGUUUAUCAUGUCUUACCCGCCUUCCAGAAAUGCGGUCUUUACAAGUCUUUCCAGCUCACUAGCCGACUGUAUCCUGGACAGAAAUUAUACAUCAGAGCUCCGUUGUGCACAUUCUGGAAUUUCCAUGAGUGCGCUCAUCGGAUAUAUGAGAUGUGUACAGCUCAAUACCAUGCUCAUGGGAACCUCACCUCCCAAGAGAUCACACAAGAGCUACAAGACUUCAAGACUAUCUGUACCGGUCCCACAUUUUACGAUAGAAUCGAGGAUAUUCCAGGUGAAAAAGAUCCUCAGACCCGAAUUCAUCUCGACGUCGAUCCGAAGAAGCCAGGUGAUUACAGCAAGAGUGUCGUCGAUGGCGUCACUAUCAUGACUCCCUUGUAUUUUAUAAAAUGGUUCAAUCAGCUAAGAGAGAGACAACGAACGGAAAAGCGUCAGCAGAAAAGAUGGUCUAGAUUGGGUUUAGGCAACGUCAAUCCUAAACGCACUUGA